UAGUUGGUCUUGAGCUGUGCUCAGUGCUUGACUAUAACAGAAUGUCAAUUUUGAUUUUGUCAAAAAGUUGUCAAUCAUAAAAAUUAAAAACAAUAUUGGGUAGUAUUAAAGUUAAACAGUGAUAGAAUGGAAAUUUCUUACAAUUUUGAACUAAUUAUAGCAGAGGGCUUGGAUUAAUUUUUUAUGGAAGUAACAUCUUGCUUAGUAACUUUGCUCAUAUAUAAAAAUGAUUCGCGAAGACGAUCCUCAAUUUCGGAUAACACCUGUCCAACAAAUGGCAUCGGCAUGUUCCGGUGCCCUGAUAACCUCGCUAUUUAUGACACCAUUAGAUGUAGUGAAAAUAAGAUUACAAGCUCAACAGAAAGCACUGCUUUCUAACAAAUGUUAUUUAUAUUGUAAUGGACUUAUGGAACAUUUAUGUCCUUGUGGUGAAGCAGCAUGGAUACCACGACGUGUUCAUUUUCACGGAACAAUGGAUGCUUUCUACAAAAUAUCAAAAAUAGAAGGUGUUACUGCAUUAUGGUCUGGCUUGAGUCCUACUCUAGCUUUAGCUCUUCCUUGUACUGUUAUCUAUUUUGUGUCAUAUGAACAGCUAAGAUACAAAAUGAAAACAACAUACAAUACGAUAACUGGAAACAUGGGCCAACCAAUGUGGAUACCAUUAAUUGCCGGUGCGACUGCUAGAAUGACUGCUGUAACACUUGUUAGCCCAGUAGAACUUAUUAGGACCAAAAUGCAAUCUCAGAAAUUGACUUAUUCAGAGAUAUCUAUAGCUUUACAACAAGUUUUAAAAUAUGAAGGAUUUAAAGGACUGUUUCGAGGACUUAGCUCAACACUCUUGAGAGAUGUGCCAUUUUCAGGAAUUUAUUGGACAACAUAUGAAAAAACAAAGAGAAUUUUUGAUAAACCUGACUCAGAAAAAAAUACAUUUCUAUUUAAUUUUUUCUGUGGUUCAGUUGCUGGAAGUGUGGCAGCUUUUGUAACUCUACCAUUUGAUGUAAUUAAAACACACCAGCAAAUUGAAUUAGGUGAAAAAGAAAUCUAUACUGAUGGAAAAACACGACAAAGAGCAUCAAACAUGAAUGAUAUAGCCAAGACUAUUUAUAGGAAUCAUGGUAUCAAAGGUUUAUUUACUGGUUUCCUACCUCGUAUAUUCAAAGUAGCACCAGCUUGUGCUAUUAUGAUUGCAACAUUUGAAUAUGGAAAACAAUUCUUCCAGAAGUACAACUCCCAGCAAUAUAAGGAAAUGAUGCAACGACAAGGUGUAGAUCUUACAAUUAUUAAAAGUGAAUAGUCUUCAAAACAUGAGUUAAGCUUAAAGCUUAUGUGGUAUUUAGACACCACAAGGAUAUAAUAAUAGUGAGUCAAAGUUCAGGUGGAAAUGAUUACUCUUAGCAAAUGGACAUC